AAAUCAAGGAGGACCACCACUAACCAGAAAAAUAAUUAAAUGGCACUCUCAGUCCCAGGCCCAACCCUCUUCGUCAACACUAUUUCAAUACACUUCACAAUCAGCUCUCUUGCAUCUUAUCUUCCUGGCCCUUGCCAAUAAGCUGUGCCUUUGAUGCUUUGGUUCUGUUUGCCGGGACAAAUUUUUGAGAUGGUCGCUGCUAAAGCUACUCUGUUUCAGCUACCUUUCACAUAAAUUUUUUAAGGGAAAAAAAAAGCACUGAAUCACGGUUUGCUGAUUAGAAUUUGGUCACCACUAGAAUGUUUUGGCUUGUGGUGUUAUUGCUCGUCUCCGCUGGGAUUCCUAUAAAAGGUGUUGGCACAAAUGCCACUUCGAGACCAGAUUUUGUGAACAUUGGGGCUGCUAUGGCAUUCAAUUCUACUAUAGGCAAGGUCGCAAAAAUUGCAAUAGAAGCUGCAAUCAAAGAUGUGAAUUCCAAUCCAUCAGUUCUUGGUGGAACUAAGCUUAAAGUUAAAAUUCUGGACACCAAACGUAGUGGGUUUGUAGGGAUUAUGGAUGCUCUGGAGUUCAUGGAUAGUGAAGCCGUAGCCAUAAUUGGCCCCCAAUCUUCUGUGACGGCUCAUGUGGUAUCUCAUGUUGCAAAUCAGCUUCAGGUCCCUUUGUUGUCAUAUUCAGCAACGGAUCCUACCCUUUCUCCACUUCAGUUCCCAUUCUUUGUUAGGACAUCUCAGAAUGACCUGUAUCAGAUGGCUGCAAUAGCUGAAAUUGUUAACUAUUAUGAAUGGAGGGAGGUUAUAGCAAUAUACACGGAUGAUGAUCAUGGGAGGAAUGGUAUAGCUAUAUUGGGGGAUAAGCUUACAAAGAAACGAUGUAAGAUAUCAUAUAAAGCACCUUUGAGUCCUGCAGCCACCCGGGAAGAAAUCACUGAUUUGCUGGUUAAGGUUGCUUUAACUGAGUUUAGGAUUCUAGUUGUUCACAUUUCUGCAGAUUGGGGUAUUUUAGUGUUCAAUGUAGCUAGGUAUCUGGGCAUGAUGGGACCUGGGUAUGUUUGGAUUGCUACUCAAUGGCUUUCUACUGUCUUGGAUACUAAUUCUCCCCUUUCUGCCGAGACAAUGGAUGAUAUUCAAGGAGUUCUUACGCUUCGUAUGUACACACCAGAUACAGAAUUCAAAAGGAAGUUAGUUUCUAGGUGGAGCAACUUGACUAGUAACACAACAGGAUAUGGACCUAUAGGCCUGAGUGCUUAUGGUCUAUACGCAUAUGACACUGUCUGGCUGCUUGCUAAUGCAAUCAAUGCAUUUUUCAACCACGGUGGGUCCAUUUUCUUUUCGAAUAUUUCAACAUUAACCCCCAAACAUGGAGGCGGAAAGCUGCAUCUUGAUUACUUAAGCACCUUCACUGCUGGAAAUCUUUUGCUUCAGAGCAUACUUCAGGUCAAUAUGACUGGUGUAACUGGCGCAUUCAAGUUUACUCCGGAUAGAAACCUAAUAAAUCCUGCAUAUGAAGUCAUCAAUAUAAUCGGCACUGGAUACAGGAGGAUUGGUUAUUGGUCUAAUUGCUCGGGCAUAUCAGUUGUGUCACCAGAUACUCUACACUCAAAGCCACCUAAUCCAUCCCAUUCAAACCAAAGACUAUACAGCGUUAUUUGGCCGGGACAAACAAUAGAGAAGCCUCGUGGGUGGGUAUUUCCGAAUAAUGGAAGGUAUUUGAAAAUUGGAGUCCCAAACCGUGUUAGUUAUCGUCAGAUAAUCUCACUAGUGCAAGGCACUGAACUUUUCACUGGGUACUGCUUUGAUGUAUUUACUGCUGCUCUGAACUUAUUGCCGUACGUCGUACCAUAUAAGUUAGUUCCAUUUGGAGAUGGUCAUAACAACCCAAGUCACACUGAACUUCUGCGUUUAAUAACAGCAGGCGAAUUUGAUGCAGCAGUCGGAGACAUUGCAAUCAUUACUAACCGUACGAGGAUGGUUGAUUUUACACAGCCGUAUGUUGAGUCAGGGCUGGUGGUAGUUGCUCCGGUUAGGAGGUUGAAUUCUGAUGCUUUGGCAUUCUUGAGGCCUUUCACACCUAUGAUGUGGGGUGUCACUGCUGUCUCUUUCCUCGCUGUGGGUGCAGCUGUUUGGAUUUUGGAGCACAGGUUGAACAAUGAUUUCCGAGGACCUCCUAACAGACAAGUUGUCACCAUUUUAUGGUUUAGCUUUUCAACUUGGUUCUUUUCCCAUAGGGAGAGUGUUAUCAGUAUACUGGGUCGCCUUGCGCUGAUUGUUUGGCUUUUUGUAGUGUUUAUAAUAAACUCAAGCUACACUGCAAGCCUUACCUCAAUCCUUACCGUGCAGCAUCUUUCUUCUCCUAUUAAAGGGAUUCAGAGUUUAAUGUCGAGCAACGAACCCAUUGGCUACCAGCAGGCUUCAUUUGCCCGAAAUUACCUAAUUGAAGAACUUGGCAUUCAUGAAUCCAGACUUAUUCCCCUUAAGUCCCCCGAAGAGUUUAACCAGGCCUUGAAAGAUGGACCUAAGAGGGGUGGUGUUGCCGCAGUUGUCGAUGAACGUGCAUAUGUAGAGCUCUUCCUCUCUACCAGAUGUGAAUUCAGCAUUGUCGGUCAAGAGUUCACCAAGAAUGGGUGGGGAUUUGCAUUUCCAAGGGACUCACCUUUAGCAGUUGACCUGUCGACUGCAAUUUUGAAGCUAUCAGAAAAUGGGGAUCUCCAAAGGAUCCAUGACAAAUGGCUUAUGAGAAUUGCUUGCAGUUCACAAGGUGCAGAGCUAGAAGUUGACAGGCUACCAUUUAAAAGUUUCCGGGCUCUGUUUGUUAUGUGUGGGUUAGCUUGCUUACUCGCUCUGGCAAUAUACUUCACCAAGAUUGCAUGCCAGUUCAGCCGGCAUUACUCAGGUGAAGUAAAGCCCUCUGGUCGAGGCUCACGAUCUGCACAACUCAUGACAUUUCUUUCAUUUGUCGAUGAAAAAGAAGAGGAAGUGCAGCACCGCUCCAAGAGACGGCAUCUAGAGGGAGCCUCUAACAGAACAGAGGAACACGGGAGCAGUUUCAGGGAAUGAUGUCUUGACAUUUGAUAGUUAUAAAACUGGAAGCACGAAUGCUCAUAGCAAAUCUAGGAACUACAUCUCAGAAAAAAGUUUAAAAAUACUGGCUAUGCUUUGUCUAUUCUUAUUUUCAAUGAUAUUUAUUGGAGUUCAUA